AUAAAAUUGAUGGUAUUUUAGUUGGUAAUGAAGUUAUCCUUCGUAACGACAUUCCUAUACAAAAUUUGUCUGAUCGCAUCUUGGAUGUCAAAUCAAAGAUAAAUUCGAUGGGCUUUAACAAAACAAUGCCUGUUUCCACUUCUGAUAUUUUUUCAAAUAAUAAUAUUACCUUUAUAAAUGCUGUAGAUGCAGUGUGGGAUAAUAUUCAUCCAUAUUGGUAUGCAGUUAAUAUAACCGAAUCUGCAUCAUGGGUAUUUAAUACCUAUAAUGAAUCUGUCGUCCCACUUGCAGAAAAUGCUAGUAAAGACUCUGUUAUAUCUGAAGUUGGUUGGCCGACUGACGGCAAUGCACAAGGUCCUUCUGUUCCUAGUGUUCAGAAUUUACAAAUAUUUUUAGAUACUUUUAUUUGUUCAGCUAAUUUAAAAGGUAUUAAGUAUUACUAUUUUGAAGCUUUUGAUAUUCCUUGGAAGAAGGCAAUUGGUCUAGUGGAAGGAAGUUGGGGAUUAUUUUAUCCUGAUAGAACCAUGAAACCCAUUAUUCUUCCAGAUUGUGUUGUUUAA